AUGAAACUUAAAAGCGAGGAUAGAUAUGAUAAAAUUGUUCCCGGAGAUGUUCGGUCGGGGCUCUCUCGCCUCAUUGAAAUCGCCGACCUAGCCAUAAAAGACCAAGCCGGGAACCCGAUUACGGAACUUAAAAUUCCGCAUUUUCCUGGAGCCGCUACCGAAAUAGAAUUCACCCUGCAAAAACUAAAAUACGAUGAGAGCCAAGGUCUUAAAUUUAGUUUUGUGGGAGCAGUUCCAGUCGGAACAGCCGUAACCAGCGACACUCUUUUUUUAGGUUCCAGUGAUUUUGAAGGAUAUGAAGUUUUUAAAAGCAAAAGAGGAGAUUUUAAUCGCCUAUCCUCGAUUAUUAAAUUAUCGGAUGGACUUCCGACCGAGGUUAAACAAACUUGA